ACAACAUCCGGGUAAUGAUUGGAAAAAUUGGCGGUUUGUGUUCGUGCUGCUGUCCUGUUCCUGUUUCUAACCGAGAAAGAUUGGAACAGAUGGCCUUCUAGACGUUGUUUUCAGUGGUUGUUAGUGCUACCGGGGCAAAAAUCGAUAUUGUGCUGGGUUUUAUUGUCAUUUCGAGUGGAUUAAAUGUUGUUUUUUUAACCUCACUUUUAACAGAGAGUAAACGCGUGAAGUUAUAGUUAGCUAACACGGUAGCUAGCCGUGGCUUGUGGGUGCUUAAAGAAGUCAAAGCAGAUUGCUCCAGCUCCGACCCAUGGCCAACUCGAUCCCAAUGCAGAAGAAAAACGGACAUUAUCUGUGGUUUGCUCUUCUCGGUUUGGGAUUUCAGCCAGUCAACAUCAAACAUCUCAACCUUGGACCGAAUAUGUUCAACAAACCGAACAAAGAGGCCUUCUACUUGGUAACCCGUUUCCUGUUGGAGAAACUCAAUCCUGUUCGCUUUCAUGAAUCGUACAGGCACUGCUGGCCUGUUGUGAAUCACAAAGCGGAUACUGAGUUCCGGAAGGUUACUUGUACCUGGCUGCGGGAAAUCAUGGAUGAAAUGGCCAACGCUGGAUCUAAAGUGGUGAUGUCAUUGUUUCUGUCCCCUGGUGGUCCCAAGUUCGUCAGCUUGAUGCUUUAUUUGGCCACCCAUGUGAUGCAGCAGGACAUGAAAACGUUUGUCACAGAUAAGAGUUGGGCUCCUGAGGCUGCAGCCAUGCCUGCAUCCACCCCACAUAUAGCAGUGGAAAGGCUGAAUCUCGUGCGCAGCAGGUUUUUGAAAGCCGCAGUGGAUCAGGAUCGUUUUCUCCAUGACUACCAAAGACGAGCUCAGGCCGUGGUUAAGUCCAUGAGAGACCUCAAAGUGGAUGGUUCCAAGUACGAUCAGCUCUUAAAGCAUCACGUUUCUGAAGCUCCCUGGGAUGCGGAUUCCUUCUCUGAGAAGAUUAAAAAGGUUCGUUCUUUGUGGUCAGCCAUUGAAGGAAUGCUCUCUGCUAUCAAGGAGCAGCAGACGGCAGUGGAAAGCGUUUUGAAAGGAGAUGUGGACCAGUACGUCCUAGAUGGGACAAACCGAGUCCUCAAGCUUCCUCGUUGUUUGCUGGACAGAAUCGAGCGUCUCCCACAUCAGUUAAUUUCAGGCAGUGUGUAUGAGGCGGGCCAGCUGAACCUCCUGUGUGUGAUGGAGCUGUUGAAUCACGCGCUGCAGCUCCUGAAGGAGGAGCGGAGUCGGGUCUCUCCUGCUGCAGAGCCCCCGCCCGCUGCGCGCCGCCUUCAGGAACAUUUCCACCAGAUGUCCCGGGUGCUGCAGGACCUGCACCUCAUCAGGCAGAAACUUUCCAAAGAGGAAAUUCCAGAAGUCAGGAGUGCCAUCGCAGAGCUUCAGGCCGAAUGGGACCAGAGGUGGAUGGAAACUCUGAAAGAAAAACCCCUCGUGUCUUUCCUGAAUGAAGAUCCUGCUCUCUGUUUCCUUUCACCGACGGCUCCGUUGUCUUUUGAACCGGCUCCUGAGGCUUCUUAUAGCCAUUGCGUCUUUUAUCAGUUUCCUGCAAAAUUUCUUGAAGACAAACCUGCAGAGAUCGAUUCGACGGAGGAUGUGAAAACGCGUCUUGACAUCAGAAGUCCAACUGUGUCCGGUUCCUCUGAACAUCCCGUCAUCCCUCAAGUAUCGAGGGCAAACGCGUCUCUGGAUUGGCUUUUUGACACUCCUGCGUCACCGCCUCAAAAGCCUUCAGCUGUCCCGCCUCCGGCCAACAUUUGCAAGACAACCCAUCAGAAGGUGGCGCCACUGAAGACAAAAACUGAGAUUUUAGACUUGGAGCAUGAAAACCUGGCUGAUCAGUUUGCAGACGCUGUAACUACGACCAGUCCUCCUGAGGCUGGAUUGAGGGGCUUGGAGGGUCUCCUCGGCAACUUUCAGAGGGAUCCCUUCACUGCUAGGACACAGCUGCCGCGCACACCGGAGAGCUUAAUAAUGGAUGUGAAAAGCUCCUGGAGAAGAGCCGUUGAAGAGGACGAAGCUAAAAAAGCAUACUGGUCGGCCGAGCUGCAGGACAGCAUAACGGACCGACUCAGUCCUGUCGGCCGGCUGCAGGACGCCAUCCCCGACGCUUCCGCCCAGACGCUCGCAGACCAGAGCAGCUCCUCUUUCUGCAAACAGCUCGUCUUCCCAAAGUCUCCUCCCCUCUGGGACACCUUGAACACCGAGGCCCACGACAGCCCGAGCGGCACCGGCAGCAGCGCCGUUCAGUUCAGCCUCGACUACGAAACCCUGCCUGAAAUGCCAAGCUGCGACAGUCUGGACCUCGAGGACGAAGCUGUGGCUCUGACGAGCGAGGAAGACGAAGAGGUGCUCGUCCCCACCUUAAAGAUGACGCUAAAGCAGACCUUACUGACCUCGCCAGAUUACAAGACAUCUCGUGUGGAGGACAGCUGGCUGGCUGAACCUGCAGCAUCAGAAGGGAAACGCAACAAGGUGUUUUCUCUGGACUCGCCGGAUUCACCGCCAACAAAGCAAGAAUACAGCCUGCCGACUCUGAUCACGUUCUCCCCGAUAGAUGACAUGAAAUGUUAGCUGCAUUUAAGAGAAACCUCCUUCUCUUUAAAAGUUUGGACUCUUUAUUCUAAUUUGUGUUGCACUUGAAAUAUGUAAGAAAUGUAUAUAACUGUAAAAAUUAAACAUCUGUUGCACUCUGGCUUGGCUCUAAUUUGGGCUGAGUGAAUAUUUCAUGAACUAGUUCAAUAAACAGAUUUGUUGAUUUAUAACUUCUAACCUUUCUCAUCCUAAGUAGCUCAAUGUGGAGGAAAAUGUGAAUAAAGUGAACUUUGCAAAUUUAAAA